AUGUUAAGAAGCCUACUUAAAGCUGUUCCCAAACGAAACCCCAAGCUUUCUGCUCCAAUUUUUUUGCAGAACUUGAAUGUUAAGAGAUUUAGGUCAUUCAAAGUAGUGGUUGAAAGCUUGUCUGAGCAAGAACAAGAGCCAUUAACCAAGAAGCCUACUGAUACUUGGAAGUGGAAGAGCCUAAGCUCAUGGCACUGGUGUAUUGCUCUUCUGUUACUGAUUGCACCGUUAUUGACCCUUGAUUCUUAUGAAUUCCAAGACAGGAAAUAUCUUGACAUAGAAUUCUCAUUUAAAUAUCUCGUUUAUGCACUUGGCGUUUUCUUUAUUUACACUUUUGCAGCAAUGAAUCAAAGAACUAGAUCUUUAUUGAUUGGAGGUGGUGCGAUUUCAACUCUUGGAGCUUUGGUCUCAGCUCUUGACAAAAGUAAAAUUGAGACAAGAUUAUCAUCACAAGCUAAUUUUGAAAGAUUAGCAGGUAAUGAGAAAUAUAACAAAUUCCAAGUGUAUAACUCAAUGGUAAUUAUGGAUAGGUUGAAUUAUGAAAGACAUGCAUUAGAAAGCAUUAAAGAAGAUGUUUACCAAGUGGUUGAGAAAUAUAGAGAUAAUCUUUUAAUGUUGCCAGAAAGAUUUGAAUUUGAAACAUUUUCGGUUGAACUCUUGUUGUCAGCAAACUAUAGAGAAAGAGCAAUAUUUAAAGAAUAUUAUUCCCAUCUGGAACUUGCAGAAGAUAAGGAUCAUUCCUUAUCUUCUUUUUUAAACGUUUAUUUCACUGGUUCCCAACGAAAGGUAUUGAAUGUUGGAAUUAAAAAUUUUAUCCAAGAAAAAGACGAGAAAAAAUUGUACACCAAAGAUACAAAGAUCACUUUAUGGUAUUCUCCAAUCUCUGAGAGCGAUCCUGUUCCUAAAUGCGUUUUAAGAUCUAAUAGAGCUGGUCACCAAAACACUAAAAGGUACUCCAAUAACGAAAAUUGUCAAAAAGUAUUAACCUUAUUGAACAAACUUGAUCCAAAUGACGAAAUUUUUUUGGAAAGUAUUUUGUUAAACAAUUCUGAAGAAUUGGAAAGAGUUAAUAAUGGAAAUUGGUUUGAUUCUAUUUCUUCAAAUCUUGAGGGGGGAGCAGACAAAUCCUUGAAUGACAUUCUAAAAGAAAAAGUUACUGAAUAUUUGUGUGGUGAUGAUAACUAG